CUUUUCUACGUCGCCUCUUUGUCUUACAGGGGUUGCAUCGUAUGCCCGACUUUGCACUUCGACAAGGAGAGCCUCGAUUUCGGGACAACGGCCCUCGGUACGUGAGACUCAUUUUGAAUCAUAGUCGAGUUUAGUAGCUCGAAGAGUAAAUCUUGAAUAUAUUUUUCUUAUUUGUACGAAACACAGUCCGAAUGUAAAAGUAAAAUAAUAAUAAUUAAAUAAUUAAUUCUCAUCUCAGGGUUCAGUACGAGGCAAGACGUGUACUUGCAUAAUCUAGCCCUGAUACCGGUCGCAUUCACCUUAACCGUGUUGAACGACGGGGACGAAGUGGUACUGACUCACGAAGAUUUCGCGAAAAGUCAAACGAAACCGUCUUUCCCGACCAAUCCCCGAGAAUUCGAGGUCUCGCCCGAGGAAGGGGUUGUGGCCUCCAACGAUUCCAUGAGAAUCAAGGUGAUUUACACGGCCAAUAUCGCGCGCGUCGGUCACACGGCGAUUCAAGUCGACAUGUGGGACUCCGGCUCGCAUCCAAUCCUCUUGCCGAUCACGUUCUGCGGCAAAGUCGCCCCGUUGACCAUCGUUCCCAGCGACAUCACGGUCCGAUUCUGCUUCCUCAAUUAUCCGUAUUCCAGAUCCAUCGACGUGCUCAACAACUCGGACAUAGACGGAUACUUUUACUUCAUACCGCAACAAGUCACCGAAGACACGACCAUGAUAUGCUCGUUCUCCAAGUAUCAAGGAUACGUGAAAUCUCGUAAAUCGAGCACAAUCGAUGUCACUAUCAUGAUGAAGAAUUUAGGCACUUACACGCUCAUGUUGAAGUAA